CGCCUCUCCGUCCAGCUCUGCUAGAGGAUUCUCGUUUUUUUUCCUGUGUUGUUGUUGUUGUUUUUUUUUUAUUUGUGUGUUUUGUUUCCUGCUUAUUUUAGCCGUUUAUUUAUUUAUCCCCCCCCCCUCGGUGACUCGAAUAUGAAUGGACCGCAAUGUUAGCGUUUAGUUUAAAAGGCGACCUCGUGAGCGCGAGCCGUUGCUCCUCAGCUGCGUCGCGUAACGGAAAAUGGAUCCAAAGAAAGCUAGCUAGCUACGGCAAAGUUUGUGUGGGGUACAGUAGAUAGGUGUGUGUGUGUGUGUGUGUGUGUGUGUGUGAGUGAGAGAGAGAGAGAGAGAGGGAGAGUGUGUGUGUGUGUGUGAGAGUGUGUGUGAGAGUGUGUGUGUGUGUGUGUGUGUGUGUGUGUGUGUGUGGAGAGAGAGAGUUGGGAAGUAACGUGCUUACGGAAGAACCUGUCAGAAGACUUGGACAGCCAGGACAAGGGGUUUUGUAGUCUGUUAUUGUUUCCCAUUUAGCUUGAUCAAGGGGUUUUGUAGUCUGUUAUUGUUUCCCAUUUAGCUUGAUAGCUUUUUUUAAAGAAACAAACACACACAUAUACACACACACACACACACAGCACUUGUGACUCUGUGUAACGGAGAGCUACACAUCUGAAACAUGACGCCGUGACCACUCUCUCUGGCUUUGAGCAGCUUCUCUAUGCUGUGGCUUCAUUAAUCGCUUAUUCGUGACACACUACUCUUUUUCUGCAAGCUGCUCCGUUUGACUGUUUUGAUUCAGGAAAUCCUGAUCACAAGUGAUAUAGAUUUAAAGGCAACGAGUCACUUCAAGCUGGACUUCUGACUUACAGGAGCUCGAACUUUACUUUUUCCUCCCCUCCUUUUUAAUAAAGUCAUUUCCAAAGAGGAGAAAAUAAGUUCACGUUGUAUUCAAAACCAACACCAGGAUCUGGGAAACAAAAACAACCCAAAUGUCGUCUAAGGUGAAUUGAAAACUCUGCUGCAUCCACUUCAUGUGCACUUUUUAGAGGGACUUGAAGACCUGAGGUUUCGGUGACCUCCACCCUCUCUGAUGGAGCUGUGCCUGGCCUGCUUGCCACUUGUCACGCUGCUGACCCUCCUGACCUUCGAGGUCAAGCCGUCCCUUGCCCAAAAGGUGUACACAAACACAUGGGCCGUCCAUAUCAGCGGAGGAGACGAGGAAGCCAACCGCAUUGCCCAAAAGCACGGUUUCAUUAACCACGGCAAUAUAUUUGGAGAAUACUACCAUUUCCGGCAACGCAGGGUGGUGAAAAGGUCUUUAUCUCUGCACAGAGGAACACACAUUCGCCUGCACAGAGAACCCCAGGUAAACUGGGCAGAACAGCAAGUGGUGAAAAAGAGGAAGAAAAGGGACAUUUACUCCGAGCCAGAUGACCCCAAAUUUACACAGCAGUGGUACCUGUACAAUGGCAACCAUCAUGACCUCAAUGUGACAGAAGUCUGGAAGCAGGGUAUUACAGGACAGGGUGUAGUGGUGUCCAUAUUGGAUGACGGAAUCGAGAAGAAUCAUCCAGACCUUGAGCGUAAUUAUGAUCCUGAUGCCAGCUAUGAUGUGAAUGAUGGAGAUCCAGAUCCUCAGCCUCGAUAUACCCAGCUCAACGAUAACCGACAUGGCACACGAUGUGCUGGAGAGGUAGCCGCUGUUGCCAACAAUGACAUCUGUGGUGUCGGUGUAGCCUACAAUGCCAAGAUCGGAGGUGUACGGAUGUUGGAUGGAGAGGUGACCGAUGUAGUAGAGGCUCAAUCUCUUAGCCUCAGCCCUCAGCACAUAGACAUCUAUAGCGCAAGCUGGGGGCCUGAGGAUGAUGGCAAAACAGUGGACGGCCCUGCUAAGCUGGCAAAGGAGGCUUUUUUACGAGGAGUAACCGAGGGUCGCGGUGGGCUGGGCUCCAUCUUUGUGUGGGCAUCCGGUAACGGUGGCCGGGAGAAAGACAGCUGCAACUGUGAUGGCUACACCAACAGCAUCUACACACUCUCAAUCAGCAGCAGUACUCAGUACGGCAAUGUACCAUGGUACAGUGAGGCCUGCUCCUCCACCCUCGCCACCACCUACAGCAGCGGCGGAGUCAACGAGAAACAGAUUAUCACUACAGACCUGAGACAGAAGUGUACAGACUCCCACACAGGCACCUCAGCUUCAGCUCCUCUGGCAGCAGGCAUCAUAGCCCUUGCCCUGGAAGCCAAUAAAAACCUGACAUGGAGGGACAUGCAGCACCUGGUUGUGAGAACAUCUAACCCAGCUCACCUGAUCACCAACGACUGGAAGACCAAUGGCGUCGGGCGUUCAGUAAGCCACUCAUAUGGCUAUGGUCUGCUGAAUGCUGCUGCCCUCGUUGCCCAGGCCAAGAACUGGACCACUGUAGGCCCUCAGCAGAAGUGUCUCAUCUCAAUGGUGUCUGAGCCCAGGAACAUUGGGAGCCACCUUGUGAUCACAAAGAGUGUAGAUGCAUGCUCAGGCAAGCCCAACUUUGUAAGUUCUCUUGAACAUGUCCAAGCCCAGCUCACGCUGUCCUACAACCGUCGUGGAAACCUGGCCAUCUAUCUGAUCAGCCCACAGGGCACACGUUCAACUUUGCUCGCCCAAAGACCUCAUGACUAUUCCUCUGAAGGCUUCAAUGACUGGGCCUUUAUGACCACCCACUCAUGGGAUGAAGACCCUCGGGGCAAGUGGACUCUGGAAAUUGAGAAUGUAGCCGGAACCACUGACUAUGGAACUCUGACUCAGUUCACACUGGUGCUAUAUGGCACUGCCUCCGCAUCGGCUGACUUAUCUUCAUCAAACUCCAUCCAGCUCCCUGAAGAUGGCUGUAAAACCUAUGACCUCAGUCAGAUUUGCACAGAGUGCAACCCCGGUUUCUACAUGUACCAGCAGGGUUGUGUACAUGAGUGCCCUGCAGGCUUCACAUCGGUCUCCCCCCCUCAGCUUUCCAAUAAUGAGGUGGACACUGUUCUACAUCCGACCUGCGAGCCCUGCCAUGAGCUCUGCCUUACUUGCAGCGGCACAGGGCCAAAAGACUGCCUCUCAUGCCCACCCCACAGCCACCUGGACCUAGUCAGUGGCACAUGCCAGCACCAAAAUCAGAUUCAGCGUGAAUCCCCUGAUGCUAUGUUCCCAUCCCACGGGAGUGCCUCUUCUGGUAUCCUGAAUUUACAGCUCUCGUCCAGUCUGCCUGCCACUGUGGCAGUGCUCUGCUGUGCCUUUAUCGCAGCCACCUUUGUAGUGGUGUUUGGCCUGCUCCAGUUCCGCUCCUAUAACCUCACUAAAAUUUACAGUUCUGAAGCCAGCGUGGGCUCCGUAAUGCGUGCCAGCUUCGGCCUGGGCAUGUCACGCAGCGGUGUCAUUUCCUACAAAGGUAUCCCAAGCGUGUGGAAUGAAGACGGAGGCAACUCGGAGUCAGAGAACGAUGAGUUCGACAUCCACAAUGAGAGAACUGCUUUCAUCAAAACACAAAGUGCUCUUUAACCCUUUCCCACACACUUUUACUAUCUAUCCUCUCCUCAACUAUUUCCUUUCAUUUUCUUUUUGAAGAUAUGGUCUUUGGGCUUGUUUCCCUUUUCUUUCUUUGGGUUUGAUCUUGCUGUUUAUUUAUUAUCUAUUUUCCCUUAGUGGUGAGCUGUAAUGUCAGGGCCACUCUGAACACACAUUUUCUUGCUCACCUGGCCUCAGUGCCUCUAAAAGAAAGCCUCCAUAGCUGAGGUGCUGGAUGACGAGACAAAAAAUUUUGAUUGUCCCAGGCUUGCCAGCAGGACUCUCCAAAAACACAAUAAACACAAUGAUUGUCAUUUAGUCUCUUCCUCUUCUUUUCAGUCCCACAUGUUGCCCAAUGAGAUCUACGAAAGAAAUCCUAUUAUUAUAUGUAUCAGUAGUGUCCAAUCUGACCAAAUAGUCUGAAUCUUAAUCUCAGAUGAUUCAUUAAGUGUGAAAGGAAUCCUUGUGAAUAUUAUUCUCAUGCUGGGGGCCUUUUUGUAUUUUUUUUUUUGUGUUCUCUUGGGUGUUAUUAAGGCUAGCAUGCAACACACACAUUCACAAUGCAGACCCCAAGCAUAAUUCUCCAACAGAGACUUUCAUAUGCUGAGUUCAUCGUUUUUCUUUCUUUUUUUUUUUUUUUUGAAGGCAGUUUACACUGCUGUAACCUCAUGCUCUCUUUCUGACUCCCUGGAGUUCGUUUUGCAGCACUGUUCUGAAAUGAACUCUGUUUGAGGCCUUGAGAGAAACUCUAGUAGAGCUGCUCAGGAUGGUUCUGACAAACCCUGAGAAGAGAUAAGGCAGUUUAACUUCCUUCCGAUGUUAAGUUUCACUUGUAUUUAUAUUGUAUGUGGACAUAGUGAGCUCUGUUUUGGCAGUAAGAGACUGAUUUUUUGCGAAUGAAACUACAAGGGCUCAAGCGAACACUUCAAUGCAGCUAUUGUUGUAGGCAGGGAAGCGGAGUAGAUUAUUCUAGAUUAAUCUGGUUGGAGAAAUAAUUAAAUCGAACAUCAGGUUACUUCGAAUCGUCUUGAAUGAUGCGGCUUCUCAAACCCAUGAAUCCUUAUGGUUUUAAACAGAGGUUGUUGGCCGGGUUUUUUUCUUUUUGUUUUUGAAUAACAGUAUGGGUUUCUUGAGUGUGUGCAGAAGACCAUUGGGUCAUGGAUGGAUCUUUUGAGGUUUCACACCAGUUUUCAUAUUUAGUAACUGUAGCAUUAAUAGCAGAUGCUAUUUUUACCAUUUUCUUUUAUCAUCAGUCUUUACAAAUGUCUUCUAGUAACAACAUGCUGCGUAAGAGUGUAGAUUCGGAUAGGUUUAAAUCCCACUUCUUCCACAAGUCUGCAGUGGAUGAUUGUACCACAUUGGGAAUUCAUAGGGCUGCAUUGUUUUUUAAAUACACUUCACUUCAGGCUCAGGCUCUAGCAUAUUAAAUGGUCAUAACUUCUAAAGCAUUACCAUCCCUUGCCUGAAUAAUUAGUUUCUGUCAGUUUUAUAUUUCUUUUCCCUUUAGAGUGUACAAUGCUUAUAGUAAUUAUAGCGCUAUUGUUGAGAGCAAUAGGAUGUUUCUUAAAGUUCUUAUCUACCCAGUUAAAUAUCUGUUAUUGUUUUUUAGUAAAUAUUCUUUUAGAGAAUAUGACCUUCCAUACCUUUUUUAAAUCAUCAUUAACUAAAUCCAGCCUUGGAGAAUUAUAAUUUACUGAAACUUUAAUAUUGUUUACUUUCUUUCUUUAAAUUACCUCCAAAAUUGUCUGUUGUUUUUUUUCCUCUGUAAAGAGCACAUCUUAUUUCCUUUUUCCAAGGUUAAUGUAAAUGACACAUGUAUAUAUUCACGUUUUUGUUGAUUUUCCUUUAUAUUUAAUUUGCCCUUUUUCCUUUGCUUUACAUUAGCUUGUUCUGUCCAACUUUAAAUGAACAAAUAUCGACAGGGCAUUUAUAGGAAUCAGAAUAUACACGAAAAAGGAACAGUACGCAAGGAACACUAAUUUCAGUUCGAUAUUUAAAAUGUUAUGGGUAAAAUGCAAAUUGACAUCCGUCUAGAUCCAUGUCUAUAAAAUGACGUCAUGACAUGAUAGUAACUUACAAUUUGAUUAGAAUUAUGGAAUCGGAUCAGAGAUGGAGUUGGGUUCUUUGGCCAUUGUUAAUAUAAUAAUAAUAAGACUUAAUGGACCGCCUGUCCUCCUGGAUUGAUGGACAUCCUGUAUUCACACUAGCAAGUGACAAAGCAACAGUGGCCCUUGUUUUCUUUAAGGAGUCCAUUGAUAGUAAGUGCAGCAGGGUGACAUGCAUUAAUUGUGUAAAUUGGUUGUGAAAUGGCAAAAACGAUUGGCCAGUAAAUUUCUUGGAUUUGCCUACUCAUGUUAAUUUUGUAUCGGCGUUUGGUUCCUGUUUAGUUGCACAAAAACAAUGAAUCCAUUGAACAUUUAAAUGCUUUUUAGAUGAAUGUCGCAUGGUAUACAUGAUGUGAAUGAACACAAGAGACAAAUCUGCAGUGACAUCAGCAGCCUGUCGCUUGCUAGUGUGAUGUUUUGAGUUGUGCUUCCGGGUUUUUGUUUUUCAAUAUUAUUACCCUAGUGUUGCAAUGGUGAACUCGGCUGGAUCGGCUUAGGGUAAAGUCUGACUUUAAACUAACAGCUUGAUGUAUUCUUAUGAAGGUUUUCUUAUUAAACAAGCAUUAAGCACCCACAGAGUCCUGCAGGAUUAUUGGGCUUUGUGGAAGGCAUGACCAAAGACAGGAACAUGAAACGUGCACGUUACACAGGCGAGUAAAAGUUAGGCUCGCUCGAUAAAUGGGGAAUAGUUUCCUUCUAGAUUUUAAGUUAGGUGUUAUCUUGCCAUGUUUCCCAUGGUAUGUCAGAUUCAGUAGUGUGACUCGCACACACUCACUCACACACACACACACACACACACACACACACACACACACACCCCUGAACCUUUUUACCACCAGGCACUUCUCCUUAGCGCAGCUUGAACUGUCAAAAAGUCCUGUUGAUGAAAGACUUUAGUAUGUAUCUGACACAGAACAACUACAUUAAUAUAAAAUAAGACCUAUUUUUGUGCAUUGUCAUAUUCAUGUAAUUUAAAGAUUUUUGCCUUUUUAAUUUGUUUUCUCCUUUUUAUUUAAUUGAUGUCAAUAUAUGAAUUAUAGAUUUAUGAAAAAUAAAGAUCUAUGCAAAGUUA